AUGGGGAAAAAUGAUCGGCCUAGUGAUGAAACAUGGUUGGGUGUUAUGACCCUUCGUAACAAGGGCCUGGAAGUGAGCCUCCCAAGGCCAUUCCAGAGGGAGCUUUGGGACCUCAUGGAGAACAACGUCCUGAUGACUGUUUUUAGCCGCUCGGAAGCCUAA